GAUUGACCAUAAAUUACUUUUAGGUAUUCUACAUGUUUACCAUUAAACGGCUGUAAUUAACAUUGUUGAUACAAUGAAAUAAAAAAUAAAUGGAUAAAUUUGAUCCCAUGGAUAAAGAGAGUUGGUAUUUUGGAGCUUUGAAACGACAAGAAGCCCAAGAUAUUCUGGAGAGAGAACUUGACAUGGGUACUUUUUUGAUCAGAGAUAGCGCCACAUGCCCCGGAGAUUUCGUUCUUUGCGUGAAGGAAACAAAAGCUAUUCGUCACUACAUAAUCAAAAAGAUGGAGGCAGCCGCGGGAAAUCGAAACAGCAUACGUUUCAAAAUCGGGGACGAAAUUUUUUCCGACGUAGCUAGCCUUCUUAGGCAUUACACAACUAAUUGCCUGGAUAACAGCACCCUUUCAAAACCAGCCGCCAAAUUAAAAUUCAUCGCACUUUACGAUUUUCAAGGAAAAGAUAGCGAAGAUCUGCCAUUUAAAAAGGGACACACUUUAACUGGCAUCAAGAAAAAUGAAGAAAAUUGGUGGACAGCAAAAAAUGAGGAAGGAGCCUGCGGGACCAUACCAUCAACUUACAUAAAAAUACUUAAAUCCGAUUCCUCCACUCCAUUCCAAAAUACUUCUAAUAACAUAGACGAUUCUCCCAUUUCUUUGUCAAUGCCUCAGCCCAAUACCAUUAAUUCUAAUCAGAUCCACGCCAACGGUUUGUUCGAUAACCUAAAAAAUAGCGCGGAAAAUAAAAAAAUUACCUCUUAUAACCAUAACAAUAUCGCAAAUGGCCACAAUUCGAAUAGACUCAAGGAUGGAUUCCCCAAAGUUUUGCAAAAUUUGCUCGUUCCUCCAAAAAGUUUACCGGCUCUCGCCUUAGUGAAACAAGUCAGAAAUCCUAACGCCUACGAUAAAACGGCUCUCAAAUUAAGGGUUGGCGACAUCGUAAACGUGACAAAAAUGAAUAUGAACGGGCAAUGGGAAGGGGAAUUAAAUGGAAAAUCUGGAUUUUUUCCUUUCACUCACAUUCAAUUCAUCGAAACUAACGACCAAACGAAUCUGUUGAUGACAAAUCAUCAUCACGACGAUAAACUCACUAACUGCCUCAUGAAAAACGGUAUAAACGGAAAUAAGAAGAGUAAUGGAAUCAUCGAAUCAACAACCCUUAUUUCAUCCUCAGUCACUUCUAUAUAACUUAUAGUUUUUUUUAAAUAUUAUUUUUUUCUCGACCCUACUUUUUAAAAAAAGAGUUACCCUCGCAUGUCUAUAAUAUAAAAAUUUUUUUUGUAACGAAAAUGUAAUCCUAUGCUCUAUCAGAUUUUUUUUUAAAAAAUGAUAGCUUAUUUAUUAAUAAAUAUUAUUAUUUUAUAAAAAACAAUUUUAAAAUUGCCUACUUUUAUACUUUUGUGAUCUCGAAUUACUUAUAUAAAUAAUAGGUUAUACAUGUAAUUUUCUCUUUAUUGUUUAAUUUAAUAAUAAAUAUCCAAAAUAAUAAUCUCAAUCCAUAUCUUAUAUUUGUUUGCGAGAAUAACCCUUCUAAGUUUCUCGUUUCUAAUUAGAGCUUGCCAAUUAUAAAAUUAUUUUUUAUAUACAAAUAUAUUAUUACAAAAAAUUUUUAAAUCACUUGUGCAUUGUAAAAAAAAAUAUAAUGUCCAUCAAUUAUUGAUAAUAAAUUUAUAUCAUAUUUUAUUAUUAUAUUAUAAUAAUUUCAUGCAUUUUUUA